GUACAACAGCCGAAUCCCCCAGGAUGCUUCAAUUACACACCUUCUACAACAAAUUAUGUAGCUACCUCGGUAGCGGAGGACGCCGCUUUGGCCCCUGUCAUUAGCGUUCAUGUAAUGGCUACUUUCAACCUCCACCACUCAAUGUCGCUUGGGGGGCAAGAAACACAUAUCUACCAGCCAAACAAACAUGACGUUUUUCUCGCCACCAAUCUUACAAAAAGCACCCUCGGACCAAACUUCCGCUCCAUCCCGCUGCCUAUGGCGCAAAUGACUUGCCAAGAAAUCACCAAGCGGAAAAGGAGGAGCCUGCGGGAGCACUAUGUAGGUAAAGAUCGACUACCCAAUCGCCAUAGCUGCCAAUUGUAAAAGCUUAAAUACACGUUUGACCACUCCGCAUUGUCACGGCAAGAUUGGAGGGAUUGUGCCCCCGGAUCAUCUGUCAUACCCUUAUCCUGCACAUACCGCCGACAUGGCACGUGCCUGGUCGCGUGUAUCUCCCAAGUAAGAGUAACCGCCGAGGUCGCUGUUGUACUUGUAAGAACGGAAACGUCUAUUCAUCGUUUGGACAGCCCCUAGUAAGCAAUAGGAUAACCAAUACUCGUGCUGCGAUGGCCAUUAGGCUAAACAUUCAAUUCAAUCAAAAUGUCAAGUCCCAAUAUUCGGACGUUCUGCAUCUGUUCAUUUCGUCGUACGUG